AAAAGUUGUUCGAGUUGUUCUGUUUAGUCGGUUUAGUCAUAAAUUUCGUUUUUUUUACCAGAAUUUUCAGUGUUUUAGAUAUUAAUCCGGGUGCAUUUAAUUCAAGGAAGUAAAGGAGACGAACUUUAAUGAAAGAACCAACGAAAAAGCCUUGGAGAAAGAGGCUGCAUUGAAAAACUGCUUUAAUUAACAAAAAAGUUUUAAUCCGCCACGCCAGCCACCGCAUGGAGCACAUGGAGCCCAUGGAGCACAAGUAAAAGCUGCAUUUUGUAAUAAAAUUCAAUAAUACCGGAACUCCGUCCUCCGGACGACGCUGUAAACAAUGCUCACUCAACAGUCUCCUGGUGAUCUUAGGCGGAAAAUCGUUCUUCUUGAGUAUGGAAUUCAGUUGUAAGUCCACAUCCACGACAAGCUCAGUAGUGAGUCCCCUCAUUCUCUUCACCAAGUUUCUUCCCACGUUGAUGACCAUGUUGAAGAGCAUCGACAUCCCGUACUUGCGCAAAAAUUUCCAUCCACACUCUGGGAGACUGUUCCGAGAGCGCGAGAGCACAAACGUGCACAGCCGAGAGAGCUUCUAUUCCGAGAAUCUGUGAGCCAGAUGAUGCGGGAGAAUCAGAGAUUCAGGAGACUUUGGCGUGUCUGGACCAUACUCUCGCGUUGUGUGCGCCUUCUGAGGGAAUAAAGGUCGAGCUUUAAAGCUCUCAAAUACUGCCUCAGGCUCCGCGAAAACCCCCACCAAUUACUAUCGUAACCCAAAACCAAUUUACACCGUGACUUAUUCAGUGCUGAGGUGAAUAUCAGUGAGUAGUUCUGCUUGAAAAAAAAAAACCUGCAGCUCAAGUGUUUUGGCUCAACAAAGGAAUAAAAUCUCAUAGACUUGGACUAAAAUUGCACCACCAGGAAUUUAAGUGCUCGAAGAAAAAAAGAAAGGAAAGGAACGAACGUUGUGAGAGUGUGAUAAAAAAAAAAUCCUUCUCGGUGGAUCAGUCGACGGCGUCACUCACGUGUGAGAUGAUUGCAUGACAAGAGAGGCUCCCGGAAAGACAUGGAUGGUGAAAAUCGCAUAAUUCUCAAUGUGGGUGGCAUCAGAUACGAAACGUACAAAGCAACACUGAAGAAAAUCCCCGCAACGAGGCUCUCCAGAUUGACAGAAGCACUGGCAAAUUAUGAUCCCGUCCUCAACGAGUACUUUUUCGACCGGCAUCCGGGAGUUUUUGCACAGAUUCUCAAUUACUACAGAACUGGGAAGCUACAUUAUCCGACUGAUGUGUGUGGACCACUUUUCGAGGAGGAGCUGGAAUUUUGGGGUCUCGACUCCAAUCAGGUGGAACCAUGCUGCUGGUCCACGUACAGCAUCCACCGCGACACACAGACUACUCUGGCGAUUAUCGAUAAGCUUGACCUAGACAACGAAAAGCCCACCGAGGAUCAAAUAGCCAGGCUAUUUGGUUUCGAGGAAGCCCUAGCGCGUGGGGAACUGAACUGCUGGCAGAAGCUAAAGCCCAAAAUUUGGGCACUCUUUGAUGAACCAUCGAGCUCAAUGGGUGCCAAAGUUGUGGCGUGCAUUUCCGUGUUUUUCAUUUGUACAUCCGUCAUUGUGUUCUGCCUGAAAACACAUCCGGGAUUCAGAGUGGAGCUGCUUCCUGUGGACUUUAGUGUGGCCAAUAGCAGCGUGGCGGUGGAUUUGGUCAAUGCAACAGUGGCAUAUCAUGAGGAGACAACGACUGUAUCAACAGUGCGUCCAAUGUCUCAAGGUGGCUUCGCAACAACGACAUACCCAGGCAGGUGGAAACGACCGAGUAUGGUGAAAGAUGGCUGGCAAGAUACCUACGGUCAACCACAUCUUGCCUUUUUCUACGUUGAGCUCGUCUGCAAUAUAUGGUUCAUAAUUGAACUGGCAAUUCGCUUAGUGGUUUCACCGAAUCUCUUUCAAUUCAUCAAAUCUCCGGUCAAUAUAAUCGACCUAGCUGCCACCCUUAGUUUCUACACGGAUGUUGCACAGCAAAUGGGGGAACAGCCUGGACUCCUUGAAGCUUUCUCCAUCAUUCGCAUUUUGCGUCUCUUCAAGCUCACACGCCAUUCACCAGGCCUUCGGAUUCUCAUCCAUACCUUCAAGGCGUCCGCCAAGGAGCUCACCCUUCUCGUCUUUUUCCUCGUCUUGGGUAUCGUAGUCUUCGCCAGUUUAGUCUACUACGCUGAGAAGCUGCAGGAUAAUCCGGAUAACCAAUUCAAAAGCAUUCCACUUGGCCUAUGGUGGGCAAUAGUGACCAUGACAACUGUUGGAUAUGGAGAUAUCGUGCCCAAGACGUACGUGGGGAUGUUCGUGGGGGCCCUGUGUGCUCUUGCUGGUGUACUGACGAUCGCUCUGCCCGUUCCUGUCAUCGUCAGCAACUUCUCCAUGUUCUACUCCCACACACAGGCACGAUCCAAAUUGCCGAGGCAACGUCAGCGUGUAAUUCCUGUGGAGCAGCCACGCCGCAAGAGGGACACAGAGGUCUCAACGAUACGACAUAAUGUCAACAGUAGCCUGAAGAAUAGUCAGCACCCGCCGAAUGCCCACCUCAACAAUUUCAAAGAUGCCUUUGGUACGGCUAAAAUUGCAGUUAUUUCACCCUCUGUCGAUAACAAGUCACGUCAGGUGCGUAAGGAUGACUCCACCCAGGAGACUGAUAACCAUCGUGACACCAAGUACCGCCUUGAUUAUUUUUAAUACAUACAAAGAUAUGAAAGAAAAGCUAGAAGAAAAAAAAAGCGCCAGAAGAAGAAAGAAAAAAGUUUUAAUUGCCAAAAUGAGGAUUUUCCAAUGGAGCCUCCUACCCCACUCUCACUACCCCCCAUUAUAUAAAUAAUAUACUUUUUUGUGAUAAUAAAUUUAUCUUCUCAAUCUUUAUAUUGUAGCAAAAAAAAAGAAAAGAAAAACUUCCAAACAAAGAAAAUGACAAAGAGAUUUCUUUACAUUUAAGUAAUGAGAUCCAUACCAAAUUUUGUAGAUAGGUCAGUGAAUAAAUUUUCUUUAUAUAUAGAACCAAAAAUUGAAGAAAAACUUUUGCAGCAACACUCUCUGUGUGAGAAUUUUCCCAGAGCUUUCUUUUAUGCAAUUUAAUAUAUUUUACAAAUGAUUUAUGGAACUCAUUAUGAAAGUUGAAUUUAUUCUUUAGUUGGACAAAGCAAAAUGAAUUAAGAGAAACUUAUAUUUUGAUGAGCGAACCGUGAGGAAAUGCCGUAAAGUGGAUUCAUCGGCAAGUGUGGGUAAUUGGUCAUGAUGGUAUUCAUGCGAAUCUUGAGUGUUCUUCUUGAUCUUCUUGAUGGUUGGUUUUUUUUUUUGAAAAAGAAACCCAAUUGAGCUUGAAGAAUUGCUAAAUUGAUUGAAGGUAAUUGAGGUUGCUUAAAAGGAUAAAUUCAAAAGAUGCGUUAAAGAAAACAGAGGAGAUUUAAUUGAAAGAAAGCUCACACCCCCAACUGGUUGAAGCUUUUGAUGAAACUUUACAUUCUCAAGCUUUUUCUUUAUGAUAUUUCUUAUUCAAAAGAAUACAAUUAAAUAGGCGGAAGAAAAUAUGUAAUGUAGAGAAAAAUCUCACCUCUAUGCAGGGAAAAAAAAAGAAGAAAAAAUCCUACAAGUGUGCUAAGUACUGUCGCAAUUAAAAUCUCUAAAAUGUUGGUGAAGAAGUUUUAUGUAUGAAUGUACGUACAUAAUGCAGGUGAAAAAAAAUUAGAAAGCAAAGAGUGAACAUCUUGAAACGUCCUACUUUUACAAAAGUUCUCGACUUUCAAGAACACGAAUUCACAUCAUUUUUUAUUGCUUUUAAUUCACAGUAAAUUUCCCUUUUUUCCUCUUCAAAUUUUCUUUUCAUAAUAAUUCAUUAAUUUCUGAUAAUUGAGCCAUAGAGAAUGAAAUCCAAAUGAAGCUUAGAAACUGAAGGUCGGGAAAACUUCGAAAAAGCUUCUGGCUUAAUGGCUUGACAUAUUUUCAAAAAUCUGACAGUUUUAAGAAAAAUGAAAAGAAUGUAUAUCUCUCCUAAACUGGCACGCUUUUGAAAAUAGGCUUUGAACAGCCAAAGUUAGAGCCACCUAAACUUUAAACUUCUUUGCCUAAAAAAUCAACAAUUUUCGUUUAAACGAAAACUUUUUCCUGGUAGUGUAAAUUGCCAAACAGGAAAACUAUCAUCAAGAAAACUUGAGGGUAUUGCUGCAAAAUCUUCAUAAUAAGAAGAAAAAAAACUAAUACUUCCUUAAUAUUUGAGACUUAGAAUGCGAAUGAAAAAAAAUCUUAUAUUGUAGUAAGAAGGAAAAACUCGUUAAAAUGAAGUAGUUUUUCAGAAAUGUAAUAGUCCUCCCUUACAUAAUAUAUUUUGUUAUUUCUAAACUUCAAUUUGUAUUUUAAGAUUAUUGUAUGUGUAAACAUAUAUAUAUGAAGAAAAAAAAUACUUGUCCAAACUGUGAUUCAUCUAGGAGAAAACAAGGAGAUUAAAACUUCUCAAGAGAAAGAAAUAAAGUAUAAGGGUAUAAUAAAUAGGAGAAAA